CACGCCCAUUACAGGACACAAACUGAAUGGGAACAACUAUCUUCAAUAGUCCCAUUCCAUAAUGAUGUUCAUAUGCGGAAAGGGCAAAGACGAUUAUCUCAAUGGAGUUGCUGUCAAACCGAACAAGACGGAUGAAAAGUUCAAAGUCUGGAAUGCUGAAAAUAAUAUGGUCAUGUCAUGGCUCAUUAAUUCCAUGACAAAUGACAUUGGAGAAAAUUUUCUUCUCUAUGGAACAGCCAAGGAGAUUUGGGACGCUGCCAAGGAAACAUAUUCUAACAAUGAGAAUACGUCGGAGUUGUUCGAGGUGGAGAGUGUUCUCCAUGACUUCCGCCAAGGAGAGUUAACGGUGACUCAGUACUUCAACACACUCAUUCGCUAUUGGCAGCAGCUGGACUUGUUCGAGGAGCACAAUUGGAGCUGUCCGGAUGAUGGAAUCAGGUAUAGACAGAUUAUUGAACGGAAAAGAAUAUACAAAUUUCUGAUUGGAUUAAAUAAGAAUCUCGAUGAAGUACGAGGAAGAAUCUUAGGAUCCAAACCACUACUAAAUAUCUGGGAAGCAUUUUCAGAAGUUUGGAGAGAGGAAAGUCGAAAGAAGAUCAUGAUGGGCUCUCAAGAUUCUGUGACAAAUCCUGAGAGCUCAGCCCUUACAGUUAGAGGAAAUCCAUCCAACAACAAUGAUCACAGACCAAAGAAAGGGCGACCAUGGUGUGAUCAUUGCCGACGUCCUGGUCACACCAAGGACACGUGCUGGAAGAUUCACGGCAAACCUGUAGAUUGGAAGCCUUCCCGGUUUGUCUAUGACAAAGAAGGACGGGGCAACCUCGUCUCCAUGGAUGAAAAACCAUCACCCGAACCCACUCCCUUCAGCAAGGAACAAAUGGAAGUCUUACAGAAAUUGUUCAGCCAAUCCUUGCCUGCACCUGCCCCCACUGUGGUUGGUACUGGUUCCUUGGCACAAAAAGGUCUUGGACUCGGGGAAGAUGAUUGGCAGUGCUAAGAUGUGUUCGGGGCUCUAUCUUCUAGAGGUUAAUGAUCCUCCUCAAGGAACAACUUACCAAUCUGCUUGUUCAGUGUCCAGUAGUCCUAUUUCUUUGUCUGUGAGUCAGUCUACUAAUGAUAGUGCAAUUAUGUUGUGGCACUAUAGGUUAGGUCAUCCAAAUUUCUUGUAUCUUGAGAAGUUGUUUCCUUCAUUAUUCCAUAAUAAAAAUCCAAAUGAGUUUCAAUGUGAGGUUUGCCAAUUUUCUAAACAUAUUCGUAAUUCUUAU